CGCUCGGGGCGGAGCGGUCACCUCAACGACAUGGAUUCAUCCAUGGCCAACUCGACCAACUGCGCCAACUUGCGUCUUCGCCACGCCGCCGGUGCAGCAAAUGGCUACACUCCGGGCAAGCUGCCCCUGCCCGACGACUACUUCACCGUGCCGCAGCUCAGCAGCAAAGAGAACAAAUACCUCCUAGGCCUCGCUAAACACGCGUGCAAGGAGGUGGUGUACUACUCACGCCAAGAUGACGGGCCGAUGAAAUGGCUACAUUUGUCUUCCGAGGACGGAGUCGACGUCUUCCAAGGCGUAGACAGCUCCGGCACCACCUCCUCCCAGCAAGACGCAAAGGCUCUCACUUACCUGCGAGGCUCGUGCAAAAUCCGCGCCACAAUCGACGAGAUCUCGGACUUUUUCAAGCUCGACACGGCCGAUAAACUCUCAGGGUUCGCCCAGACCGUAGGUAAGGAUGUACUGGACCAGAAGACGCUGUUAACCCUUGCAACGCCCACUCCAGACAACCCCAAGCACUACGUGGCGGUCAAGUGGACGGCCAUUGAGUCCCCCAGCAAACUCGCUCGGAACCGGGACUUUUGCUACAUCGAGUGCCACGACGAGUUCAUCGACACCAACACGAAGCGACGGGGCUGGGUGAGGAGCAUCCACUCUAUCCGUUUGCCGUUCUGUCCGCCUUUAAACAAGAGCCACGGGCUGGUUAGAGGGAGUUUGUAUCGGUCGGGCUUUAUCUUCACGGAAUCGGCUGAAAAGGGUUGCGUGGAUGCGGUGCACACUUUGCACGUGGACAUCAAGGGAAAUGCCCCCAACUGGAUGAAGAUUCUGGUUAUGAAGCGCCGCAUCAAGAACAUCGCAGAGGUGGAUCGCCACUUCCAGCUGCAGAGGCUGGCAAAGCAGAGACUGUUAGGGGAUUUGGAGCUGCCGGCCAAGGAGAACGCGACCCAUUGCCAGCUUUGUGAGACGAAAUUUGGGCUCUUCCACCGUCGAAGACGCUGUCGCAAAUGUGGCAAGGUGGUGUGCACGUCCUGUGGGAAUGAGUAUCUGCUGGAUUACGCGGGCAUGGGACCCAAAAAGGUGCGCAUUUGUGUGGAGUGCUCCGAGUCGGUGGUGUAUGGCGUCAGUGUGCCCGUGAUGGAUGAAGCUGGCCAGAUCGAACACACUGGUGCUAAGCAGAUAGAGGAAAAUGAUAUCCACCCCAUGUAUGAUGAUUCUCCACUGGGGGAUUCCGUUGCGUUGCUGCAAAGCCGCAUGCUGUCGAUGGACGAGCACGAGUUCUACAUGAAGACCGAGGACGAGAGCGGGAUUGCAGACAUGGAGGAGGCCAAGCGGAUGAAUAAAGAGUUCGAGGAGAUGCUCAUGAAGUCACUGCUUGAUGCUAACAGUGCGUCCGGCGAGACGAUCCCUGUUGAAACACCUCUUGGUGGUGAGCUGCCUCCGUGGGAAGAGCGGCGAACCCAGAACCAGAAGACUCAGGAAGACUAUGAGGAUGACGAUGAGCUGGGCCUACCACCCAGCAAGAGCGAGCAGAUUAAGAAGCAGCUGCAGUAUGAAGAUCAAAUGCGUCGUGAGCACAUCGAACGCGCCAAGAAGCUCCGUCAGUACGCUGCAGGACCUCAGUCUUCUGACUACGUAUCUACUGGCUCGACUGAACUGGGUGACCAGCGAGACGACGUGAGGCCUCGAGCGCGGGGAAUUGUGCGGAACGAGUCGGGUGACUCUCUUCGAAUGAGCUCGGAGUGGGGCGAGGAGUACUACACAGGGAGAGGAGGAGCCAUCAGUCGCGUCGGACCCGGAGUGAUGACGAGUUUCCGCUCGAAUGAGUCCGCUAGCUCUGAAAGAGGAGGCGUAGCGAGGUCGGACUUGUCUGGAGACGGUCGACGCUCUCGGUUGGGGUCUCAUGGAGCCACGUCGGUCUCCUCGAACGAGCGGGAGUACCACUUCGGUAACGGAGGUAUCCCCCGCCAUCGCGUCGAGACUGCACACCGUCUUAGACGUGAUAGUGGCGAGGAGGAGAGAGAUGUUGAGGAUGAAUUUGAACGUCAGAGACGCACUCAGCACUACUUCGACAUGCGCAACGCUCGGCUGACGCUGUUGAGUGGAAGAGGGGCUGGUCAAUACGAGCAGCCACCGACAAGGUUCCGCUCGUCUGGAAUCGGAGCUGGCUCUGACCCUCCGGUCCCUCGUCACUUGACCGGGAGUGAGUUGGAGUCGCCCUACACGUCGCUGAGUGACUCCCACUUCGCGGGGGCCUUCACCACCCGCCGGAGAUACCGAAGCGACGACUUGGAAGACCGCGACAACGAGGCCUUCCGCUUGGCCAUGUCCGCCAUGCGGCUGUAUGAGGAAGAGCGAGGGCCGCAGCUGCAGGUGUCCGAGGAAACGAGACGAGCGGCGCUGGCCAAGAUGAUGGAGGUCUACGCGCGGGAGAUCGAGCGCAGCCAUGACAACCACUCGGGCCCUUACAGUCGAGGCACGAUCGCUGACACUCGUCGACUGCACCACGACGUUGGAGUGGCGCCUCCGUUGCGACGAACUGUGAGUGACGACCGUCCGGCGUCGUUCUACGGCUCGCCACUGCAAGUUUUCAGCCACGAGGACCUCGCCCCUGCCCCUCGACGACACCAGCGACGUAGAGAUGUACCACGCCGAGAGGAUUCGUACGCUCCGAGUCGCCCGGCGAUGCAGAAGACAAGUGAGGAGACCCACGAGUACCGAGACCUCUCGGACCUUACCUCCAGCGCGUUCCAGGCCUUCCAGAUGAACUCUCUCGGGCCGAGAGACGCCCCCAAGCUGCCCAUUAAGGAGGUGGAGAGCUCCGAGGACUCGGACAGCGCGGCUCAAGACCGCGCUCAGUCAAGCUCCGUCCAGUUCCAGCGUGAGUCGACGAGCACCACCCACGUGCAGCUCAAGUCGGACACGUCUGGGGGCCGCUCGGCUGCAGCUCGAGCGGCGUACGGCAGCAUUGAGAGCAGCGACGCCGCCAACAUCCCCGUGUCGCGGCCGAACUCCAUGUACGGAGUGGCCGACUCGGACACGUUCAGCGACAUGGACCUCAUCGAUCUCCCGCACUUGAUGCGCAAGGACGACGUCGAAGCUGGGGCUCGCAACUCGUUCGCGGAUCUGCAGCAGUGGAGCGAGGAGACGCGCGACGAAGGCGUCGAGUACGUCCCAGUGAAUGACCUACUGUCGCCCCUGCACUUGGAGGGCGUGCAGCACGUGGAGGACGACGACAGCGAGAGUCAAUCGUCGAAUGCGUCCUCUCAAAUCGACUGGCAGAAGUCGUUGAGUAACAAGUACCCGGGUGAACAAGGCCGAGCUGGGACGGACUCGGAGCCGUCCUUCAUCCAAGCGUACUCGAUUACCCGCCAGGAAGAGUACUCGGAUCUCACCAACUCGGGGUUGUUCGCGGCCAACGGAUUGUCUGCGAGUAUGGUCACACAAGACGACGAGCAGCCUCCGCGUCGCUACCGCAAGCCUCCGUCUCUCUCGGAGCUGCUGUCGGAGUACAGCGGCAGCGAGCGCUCGUCGCUCCCGUACUACUUGGAGUUCGGCGGGCAGCCGGAGCUGGAACCCGAGUACUUGCAGGCCAUCGAGAACAGUCGACUGAACGGAACGGAUGAUAUUGGCUCAAUCCCAGUGGAAGGAGGACAACGAGGUCAUGUGAGGAGAAGAUCGAGUAUCCCGUCGGAGCUGGAGAGCAUCACGUCGUCGCGCGAACUUUUCCUG